AUGGGGAGCAACGAUCCUAGCACGCCGUCUAAGGCUUCGAAGCCACCAGAACAGGAGCAACCUCCGGCUACUACCUCUGGCACCACAGCUCCAGUUUACCCUGAAUGGCCCGGCUUUCAGGGCUACCCAGCGAUGCCACCGCAUGGGUUUUUCCCCCCUCCUGUUGCUGCAGGCCAGGCUCAUCCAUACAUGUGGGGACCUCAGCACAUGGUGCCACCUUACGGGACACCACCACCCCCCUAUAUGAUGUAUCCACCAGGAACAGUAUAUGCCCAUCCGACUGCUCCUGGUGUGCAUCCAUUUCAUUAUCCUAUGCAAACAAAUGGAAAUCUUGAACCUGCUGGAGCUCAGGGAGCUGCACCAGGUGCUGCAGAAACGAAUGGGAAAAAUGAGCCCGGCAAAACAUCUGGUCCAUCUGCCAAUGGGGUUACGUCCAACAGUGAAAGCGGAAGUGAUAGUGAAAGUGAAGGAAGUGAUGCCAAUUCUCAAAAUGAUUCACAUUCAAAGGAGAAUGAUGUAAAUGAAAAUGGCAGUGCUCAGAAUGGCGUAUCUCAUUCAUCAUCGCAUGGAACAUUUAAUAAACCCAUGCCGUUGGUUCCAGUACAAUCAGGUGCAGUGAUAGGAGUUGCUGGUCCUGCGACAAACUUGAACAUAGGGAUGGACUACUGGGGUGCAACUGGCUCUUCACCUGUUCCUGCAAUGCGCGGCAAAGUACCGUCUGGUUCAGCUCGAGGAGAGCAAUGGGAUGAAAGGGAACUGAAGAAGCAGAAGAGGAAGCUGUCCAACCGGGAAUCAGCGCGCAGGUCCCGGCUGCGCAAGCAGGCUGAGUGUGAAGAGCUCGGGCAGCGCGCUGAGGCUUUGAAGUCAGAGAACUCGUCCCUCAGGAUCGAGCUCGACCGGAUCAAAAAGGAGUACGAGGAGCUCCUUUCGAAGAACACCUCUCUGAAGGCGAAGCUAGGGGAGUCCGGCGGCGGCGGCGGCAGCGAUGCGGUCCCCGACAUGAACGAACGGGGCGACACCAACGGCGGCAGCCACCAGAAGGAGCCCUGA